CGCCCGGCCCCGGUGCCCACCAUGAACGGCUAUCCCUACCCGACGCGGCCCUACAGCCAGGCCGGCAACGGGCCCAUGAUGAUGAGCAUGGAGAGCGACGCUAUCAACGGCUUCGACAUGUCCGAGGGCCAGUCGCUCGACUCAAUGGUGGCCCAGAACGACAAGGAAAACCGCCGGAGGAGCAUGCCGCCCUACGCUCGAGGCCCGCCGCAGAUGACGUUGGGCAGCCCCGACACGCGCCGGCUGAGCAUGAUGAACUUUGGCGACCCCAAUGGCGGAGACAUGGACGACUUCCGCUUCGACAUGUCGUCGGCCACCAUGGAGAACCUGAUGCACAGCGCCAACAACUCGGCCACGCCCGCCUUCCCACGCUCCACGGGCGACAUGCACACCGACCAGCUGCCCGCUACCGACCUCGCCAUCAACAACCAGUUCCAGGGCCAGGCCUCGCCCUUUGCCCACAUGGCCGCACCGGGCUCCGCCUAUGCGUCACCCAUGCAUCAGAAAAACUCGCUCGACCUCGACAUGUCAUCAUAUCAAAAUGGCAUCAACAUGUCGCUCGACAUGGACGACUCGCUCAACAUGAUGCCCGCAGACAUGAACAUGUUUCCCGGCAACCAGUUCAACUCUCCCAUGCUCGGCUCGCCCCUCAACCAGGACUUUGCCGGUCCCAUGCCGCCCGCCCCACAAGAUACAAACUCAAACUCCAACAACACGCCCAACCCCCAGUCCCAGGACCAGUUCAAGCGCCCCUCUGUGAACAACACGCCCGAGGUCAAGUCAGGCAGAGCCGGCUUCCUCAGUCGCACAGUCAGCCAGGACCAGUCCAGCAUGCGCUCCACGCCUCGCUCCCAGAGCGAGCGACAUUCUUCCAACAGUGUCCCCACGCGAAUGACCAUGGCCUCUCUCCACAACCAGCAACCCAUAGCACAAGACCCUACCCAAGACCUGCCCAAAGAGGUGCUCAACAAGCACUACCGCAACGGCAACGUCCCGCCAUGGCCCACGCCUGCUGGCGGAUUUCCCUCGACCAUGCACCAGAACCCGCACAUGAAGACUCAGUUCAAGAACGCCUACUCGUCAACCGGCUUCGACAUGCUGGGCGUAUUGAUGCGAGUAGCCAGCAGACCGGAUCCCCAGAUCGAUAUCGGCUCCGUGGACCUCUCCUGUGCGUUUGUCGUGUGCGAUGCCGAACUCGACGACAUUCCAAUUGUCUAUUGCUCCGAAAACUUUGAGCGUCUCACCGGCUACACACGCCAUAUGAUCCUCGGCCGGAACUGCCGCUUCCUGCAGGCUCCCGACGGAAAGGUCGAAUCGGGCAUCAAGCGCAACUACGUGGAUGACGACUCGGUCUACUACUUGAAGAACAUGAUUGAGAGUCGGUCCGAGGCACAAAUCAGUUUGAUCAAUUACAGAAGAGGUGGACAGCCGUUUAUGAACCUGCUGACCAUGAUCCCCAUUGCCUGGGAGCCUGGUGGCAAGACAAAGUUCUUCAUCGGUUUCCAGGUCGAUCUAGUAGAGCAGCCGGGUGCAAUGACGAACAAAAACUCGGACGGCACCUAUAGAGUCAACUACCAACGCGGAAUGUCGAUACCCAGCUACGUCUUCAGCGAUCACCUAAAACCCCCACAGUCUGAGCAAGGCCAGACAAUAUCAAAAGAUGAGGUGUCCAAUGUUCUUGCGGCGUACAGUGGAGGCGGCGAUUCGGAAAUGACAAGACGUGUCUGGGACAAGGUUCUGCUCGAGAACAGCGACGAUGUUGUUCAUGUAUUGUCGCUCAAGGGACUUUUCCUGUACUUGUCCCCUGCUAGUAACCGGAUACUGGAAUACGACCCGAGCGAGCUUGUCGGAACUGCCCUGUCAUCCGUCUGCCACCCCAGCGAUAUUGUUCCCGUGACCAGAGAACUAAAGGAGACGACCAAUGGCGCAUCCGUAAACGUCGUGUUCCGGAUACGACGCAAGAAGAGCGGGUACAUGUGGUUCGAGGGCCACGGCUCGUUGCAUACCGAGCAGGGCAAGGGUCGGAAAUGCAUCAUCCUUGUCGGACGGGAACGGCCCGUCUACACACUGAGCAAGGCCAUUGUGCGCGAGUCUGGCGGUGUCGGCGACAACGAACUGUGGACAAAGAUGUCUACCUCGGGCAUGUUUCUGUUUGUUUCGUCAAACGUACGCCAACUUCUCGACAAGCAACCAGAGGAUCUGGUUGGGACGAGCAUCCAGUCUCUUAUGCGCCAGGAGUCCAAGGUGAAUUUUGGCCGGAUAUUGGAGUUUGCAAGAGGCGGCAGAAAGGGCGAGGUGAAGCACGAAAUGAUCAACAAACGUGGCCAAGUGCUCCAGGCUUUUACCACAAUCUACCCGGGAGACGCAGUCGAGGGCCAAAAACCUACUUUUGUGGUCGGACAAACACGACUGCUCAAAUACUCACGCAACAGCACGGCCGGCCGUCCUUCCAUGUACACAAACAACAAGCACGACCGAGACACUCACCACUCAAUACACUCACAAUUUUCCGGCGGCGUCUCGCCUCGGCCGCCAUCUGGAGCCGGAAACAAUGGAACGUCUGGGAACACGGGAAACUCGACCCCGUCGACAGCCACUACCAACCCCCUAUUUGUUACCACUGAAGAAUCCCCUGCUACGUUUGCUGGCCAUAAUGGCUUGCAAAUUGGACACCAAGAUCAAAGUCUUGCAUCGGACGACAACGUGUUUGAUGAGCUCAAGACAACCAGGAGCACCAGCUGGCAGUACGAGUUGCGGCAAAUGGAAAAGCGGAAUCGAUAUUUGGCAGAAGAGGUGCAGAGCUUGCUGGCAGCCAAGAAGAAGCGAAAGCGGAGAAAGGGCGCAGGCCAGAUGCAAAAGGAUUGUGCAAAUUGCCACACGAGACAAACACCCGAGUGGCGCCGCGGGCCUUCUGGAAACCGUGACUUGUGCAAUUCGUGUGGACUGCGGUGGGCGAAGCAGCAAGGACGAGUAUCACCGAGAACGUCUUCGGCCGCAAGCGACAAGAGCAAAAAGAGCGCCUCACCCCGCCACCUCCAAACAGGCCAUCAAAACCACCAGUCGAUCCUACCCAAUUCCAAGUCCGAGGCCGGACAGCCAGUAUACAGCCCUUCAACAUCCAUGGCCACACCCAGCAAGCGAUCGCCGCAACAUGGCAGCAUUAGCGAAUCCCAUGCCCCCAAGGCGGCACGUACAGAAACCGCCUCUGCGCAAGGCUUCAUUCCACCACCGGCCAUUGACGAAGUUACAGAGCCGGAUUCAUAAAGAUUGACGUUUGCGCCCCUUCCCGUGCCUCCUCUUGUUUCGCGUCAUUUUCGUCUUUGGUCAAACGAUACCCCAGUACACUUUGUUUCCUAGUUUUAUUUAACGGCCUUGACAAUCACUUGGCAGUGAUAUUGGAGACCAUUUAGAUAUCUCCCGUGUUUGUUUCUUUUUCUCCCAUUGUCGUUUGCAUCCUCUUUUUUAUUCAUCUAUUUAUGGUUUCCUGGGUUGGAUGCUGGGUUAUCUAUCAGGGAGCUAUGUCAUGUACUCGCAUUACAAUGCUUUGCUUCUAGUCGUCGACUGGAUUGUGAGGCGUAAAAAAAUCUGUCUUGUAGAUAUUGGGACAUUUCCUCAUUAGUGCUGGAGAGAGAGAGAGAGAGAGAGAGAGAGAGAC